UCGUUUUAAGUUAUGUUUGGUUGGCGCCUAUAAGGUUGAGGAGGACCAGCGGUGACCAACGCUAUUGUCACAGCUCACACAGAUUGGACCGUUGCGUUGCGUUGUCGGGUCGUUUUUCCAAACCCGCGUUUGGGGGUUUCUGAUUCGACCACCGACGAAUCUCAAUUUUGUCUUCAGUUUACAGGAAAAGCAAAGGGUGUAUCACCAUGAAGGCUCUAAUUCUUGUUGGAGGGUUUGGAACAAGGUUGAGGCCAUUGACACUAAGUGUUCCUAAGCCUCUUGUUGAUUUUGCUAACAAACCCAUGAUUCUGCAUCAGAUAGAGGCUCUUAAGAACAUUGGAGUUGAUGAAGUGGUACUAGCUAUCAAUUACCAACCAGAGGUGAUGUUGAAUUUCUUGAAGGAUUUUGAGGUAAAGCUCGGCAUCAAAAUCACUUGUUCUCAAGAAACUGAACCGCUGGGGACUGCAGGACCCUUGGCUCUUGCCAGGGAUAAGCUGAUAGAUGAAUCUGGUGAGCCAUUUUUUGUUCUCAACAGUGAUGUUAUCAGUGAGUACCCACUAAAAGAAAUGAUUGAAUUCCACAAAGCUCAUGGAGGCGAGGCUACCAUAAUGGUGACAAAGGUCGACGAGCCUUCAAAAUAUGGCGUCGUUGUGAUGGAGGAGACUACCGGGCAGGUUGAGAAAUUUGUAGAGAAACCAAAGUUGUUUGUUGGUAACAAGAUCAAUGCUGGAAUCUACUUAUUGAACCCCUCAGUUUUGGAUCGAAUUGAGUUGAGGCCCACUUCUAUUGAGAAAGAGGUGUUUCCAAGUAUCGCUGCUGAUAAAAAGCUGUAUGCAAUGGUCCUACCAGGAUUCUGGAUGGACAUUGGACAACCAAGGGACUACAUUACUGGCCUGAGACUCUACCUGGACUCACUGAGGAAAAAGUCUCCUUCUAUGUUGGCCAGUGGCACUCACAUUUUGGGGAAUGUCAUUGUGCAUGAGACUGCCAAAAUCGGUGAGGGAUGUCUCAUUGGACCUGAUGUUGCAAUUGGUCCUGGCUGUAUUGUCGAGCCGGGCGUCAGGCUUUCCCGCUGCACUGUGAUGCGCGGAGUUCGGAUUAAGCAGCACGCUUGCAUAUCCAGCAGUAUCAUCGGGUGGCAUUCCACUGUUGGGCAAUGGGCUCGCGUGGAGAACAUGACUAUCCUUGGAGAAGAUGUCCAUGUGUGUGAUGAAGUUUACAGCAAUGGGGGUGUUGUUCUGCCCCACAAGGAGAUCAAGUCAAGCAUUCUGAAGCCAGAGAUAGUGAUGUGAGGUUAUAAUGUCGUUUGAUUGGGAGGUAGCAUGGUCUUGAUUCUGAAAUAUGUUGGAUCGUUUCAUUUGUUUUACCUUUUUUUUUUUUCAUUUCAAUCCUUUAGUCGUACCUGCAUGUUGUAAAAGUCAGUUUCAUUUAGUGUGUCGUGCCAUAUUUUAAGAUGUUUGAAGUCAGUGUCUUUUGUAAAGGGUAAUAUUUGGUCUUUCUGUUCCAAAAGUGUGUAAUUUUAAGUGUUAUGUUAUGUAUAUAUAAAUUAAUUAUGAAGUUGUUCUCUCUAA